CCACGGUGUGUCGAGUGCAGUUGAGCUUUGAAACCCGACGCAGGACGACCGCGAACAACCAUGCACGCUGCUGGUUGAGCCGUUCCGUGCCAGUGUUCACCAUCUAUGUUGGAUGGAGUGUGUAGUGGGAUUUUACUUCAAAACGAAUCCCUCGUGAAAAGUGUGUUCUGUUUGUUGGUGAAUUGUGGUGAAAACGCGAUUGAUUGCAAUGUAUGAAAAAUUGAUCAAAGCAAGCAGCGUCGUCUGCAAAUCGAAAAAAUAUACCGUGUUGCGAAGUGUUGGGGAAUAAAAGAAGAACCAUAAAAAAUUAAACCACGCAAAAGAACCAGUGUGUUAGUGUGUUUGUUUGUGUGCGAUAGUGUAUGAAUGUGUACGAGUGUUUGUGUUUGUGCGGUAUGCACGAUCGUUCUUAGUGAGCUAAACGUGAGCCAAAGCAACCUAGAAUUAGUGAGUAUGAGCAGUGAUGGUGAUUUGGCCGACUCGAGCUCUACGGUGUCAGGAUAAAAAGGAAGCUUCAACACAAAACCAAACGAAAGUGUACGUGUGAGUGUUUGUGUGGAGUAGAGCGUGUGUGUGAGUGUGUGUGUUUUCCCGUUAAUGUGAGUGGUUGUUUUUGCUGGAGAAAGAGCGACCGUAAUAUUGCCAGUGGGAGACGGGCCCGAGAAAAGCGCCCGAAGAAAAUCAGCAUUCGGAUCGGUGAGUGAAGACAAGAUGGCGUCGUCGGUGCGUGCGGAGGAACAUAGUAUCGGCGUGAGUGGGAUGGCACGGGAGCGGGACCGUGGCGGAGGUCCCCAGACUAGCGACCAGGGCGAGUGUGUAUCCAUUAUGGAAAGUGCGACACUACAUUCGUCGGGCGAGCGGAAUGUGAUUAGAUUAUCGGCGAGUAGAAAGUGUAAGAGAAAACGGCGUGAACCGGCAGCGGCAGCAGGAGUGUGCGUGAUGGCGGCGAAUGGUGGAUCUGCAGAGGGGAGCGACCCAGCGCCGGAAGUAGUCCUUCCGCACCGGCCCUAUCUCUGUGGCAGUCACAGUAAUUCCAUUAAAAGCCCUAAUCACGCGGACAAUAAUGUAUGUACCGAGGCAGCGAAGGGCGCCAAUGUACGGCAACGCAACAGCUCUCUCAAGCCCCGCAGCAGUGGAGAAUCGAAUGUGGACAAUAACAGCAACUACCAUUGCCAGCAGCAGCUCGCGAGCACGACACCGAUGGCGACGAGGACGACAACGGCAACGGCGACGUCGUUGGCCUCCCAGAGCAAAGCACAUCAAUCGUUUGGCCUCGCUUCAGCAUCCACACUAUCACCACAAACAUCAUCACUUUCAUCAGCAUCGCCAUCUUUACCGUUCAGCCUGCCAAAGAUUCUGAGCAAUGCCAUGGUAACCAUUCGGCUGCCCAAGUUGUUACUGCUAGGCCUACUGCUGUCCCAGCUCGGUGCCGGCUGCUCCGGGUUCGUGCUGGACGGUUCGCAGAACAGUUUCGCACAAUUCCGCAAAUGGUACACCGGGCUCAACGGGUCACUGGAGCUCGAGUUCAAAACGGAGCAACCGAACGGACUGGUGCUGUACACUGACGACGGUGGCACGUUCGAUUUCUUCGAACUGAAACUAGUAGAAGGUGCCCUUCGGUUGCGAUACAAUCUUGGCGGUGGAGCACAAAUCAUUACCGUCGGUAGGGAUCUUCACGAUGGCCACUGGCAUAAAGUACAGGUAAUGCGCAACGAUGAGCACACAACGCUGACCGUCGACGGUGUCUCGCAGAGUCGCAGCUCCCGAGGGAAGGAGUUUCUGUUCGGCAAGUUUGCCACCAACUCGGACGUCUUCGUCGGUGGUAUGCCCAACUGGUACAACACCAAGCUAGCCCUGCUAGCGCUGCCCAGUGUCAUCUUCGAGCCACGGUUCCGAGGAUCGGUGCGAAAUCUGGUGUACUCCGACCAACCUGGCGUUUCACCACGAAGGCAAGAGAUGCGACAACCGCGAGACAUCAAGUGCGGAGAUUCACCAUGCGAUCUGACGGCGAUGCCACGAGAAAAAGUGACACGGGUGGGUCGUGGGGGGAACGGGCUGGAUCCACCACGCACUUUGCACUAUACCAAAAGCAUGCAGUUGCACCACCACCACCACCACCACCACCACCACAACCACCACCACCACACCACCACCGCCAUGCACCACCGGUCACGGCACACACGCAAACGGCCGCCGGAACCGCCAUUUGCCAGCAGUGCCGAUCCGUCCACUCACGCCGUUGGCUUAGCACAAUACAUCCGUCACCGUCGCAGCUACGGCCGCCAGCAAACGGUACGGGUGUGGAAACGGAACGCACAAUUUGGCGGUAUCUAUCCGCCGAACUACGACCUCGUGCAUCACUGCCUUCGCACACUGCCGUCCGACAAGCAACUUCGCACCAACGUUACGGAUGCCUGCGAGCGUCACGAUCCUUGCCAGCACGGUGGCAUCUGCAUAUCAACCGACUCGGGUCCAAUCUGCGAGUGUCGAAACGUGGAAUACGAGGGAACGUACUGCGAACGAGACAAAGCACCAUCAGAGGCAACGUUCCGUGGGACCGAGUUUCUCUCGUACGAUCUGGGACAGACGGGCGGUGAACCGAUCGUUAGCGCCCAGGAUGCCAUCACGCUAUACUUUCGUACCCGCCAACCGAACGGACUACUAUUCUACACCGGUCACGGAACUGAUUAUCUGAAUUUGGCCCUUCGCGAUGGUGGCGUUUCGCUGACCAUGGGCCUGUCGAACGGAAAGCAAGAAAUGCACAUCAAACCAUCCCGCGUACGCUUCGACGACCAUCAAUGGCACAAAGUUACGGUCCAUCGGCGAAUCCAGGAGAUCUCAUCGAUAACGAGCUUCUGUCGGCUGGUCGCCGUGGUGGACGAUGUGUACACGGACCAUUCGCACAUUGCCGGCAAGUUCACGAUGCUCUCGUCGUCCCGGGUGUACGUGGGCGGUGCAGUUAAUCCUCGGGCACUUCUGGGAGCACGUGUGCACAACAAUUUCGUCGGCUGCCUGCGUAAGGUCGAAUUUUCUGCCGAUACACUGCGGCUCAAUCUGAUCGAUCUGGCGCGUACCGGAUCAAAGCUGAUACAGGUGGCCGGGCGCGUUGAUUAUACGUGUCCAUCCGGGGACCCGCAGGAUCCGGUUACGUUCACCACCCGGGAAUCGUAUCUGCUACUACCACCGUGGGAUGCUUCGAAGCAGGGCAUACUGUCAUUUAAAUUUCGCACAAACGAGCCAAAUGGAUUAAUAAUCCUCAACACAAUGACCCGCGCACCGAAGAGUAACUUCUUCGCGGUCGAGCUGCUGAAUGGACACAUCUACAUCCACAUGGAUCUUGGUUCGGGAGCGGUCAAGGUACGUGCAUCGAGACGCCGGGUGGAUGACGGGGUUUGGCACGAGCUGUCACUGCGUCGGAAUGGGCGCGAUGGAAAGGUCGGCGUGGAUGGGCAGUGGAACGAGUUCCGGACGCCGGGAGAAGCGUCCCAGAUGCAGCUGGACAGUCCUAUGUACAUCGGUGGAAUUGGGCCACCGUACGCGGAGAUUUACAUUCCGCCGGCCAUUUGGACUGCUACACUACGGCAGGGAUUCGUCGGAUGUUUGCGGGAUCUUACGUUGUCUGGGAAGCCGGUGGAUAUUGCACACAUCGCGCGGCAACAGGAUUCAGGUGCCAUCAAACCGUCGUGUCACGUGAUAGCCAACCAGUGUGGCGGUCAGGUCUCACCCUGCCAGAACGGUGGUCAAUGUACCGAGGGUUGGAACCGCCCACUUUGCGACUGUUCGGCUACCCUGUUCACUGGACCGACCUGUGGCCGCGAGUCAGCCACCCUUGCAUUCAACGGAUCGCAGCACAUGGCCGUAUGGAUCGGCGGAACGCAGGGCAGCCGAACACAGACGGAAGAGCUGGUCAUACGCUUCAAAACAUCUCGGCCAGCCGGACUGCUGCUGCUUACCAGCGCCGAAUCUAGCUCAUCCGAUCGGCUCGAGAUCGGUCUGGUAGCUGGUCGAGUGCGUGCCAACGUCCGGCUUGGAGAUCGCGAAAAGAACUUGCUCGCCGGUCUGACCGUCCUAAACGAUAACAACUGGCACACGGUGAGAUUUUCUCGCCGUGCGUCCAAUCUGCGGCUGCAAGUUGACGGGACACAGCCCGUCAGGGGUAUGUUAUCUGAAGCGAUCCUCGGACGGCACAGUACGCUGGAGGUGAAAUCUAUCCAUCUGGGAGGUUUGUUCCACGCGGAGGAAGAAAUCCAAAUGACGGCCGCCAUGCCGAACUUUGUCGGUCAGCUGCAAGGAUUCGUCUACAAUGGACAUCGGUACAUCGAUCUGGUGAAGUCGCUCGGUCCGGAACUUUCCUCGCUGCCGACGACAACCUUCAAACUAACGGCACGAUUCGUCAACUCACCGCCCGGUUCUCCGUAUCUCCCGGCGACGUUCCGAUCGAAACACUCGUACGUUGGCUUGCCGAUCCUGAAAGCCUACUCGUCCGUCUUUAUCGAUUUCCGCUUCAAAACACUCGAACCGAACGGGCUGCUCUUCUACAACGGUGGCAAGCGGACCGAUUUUGUGGCGGUCGAACUGGUUAACGGACACAUCCAUUAUGUGUUCGAUCUGGGCGAUGGACCGAUCACGUUGCGCGAUAAGGCCCGCAUACACAUGAACGAUAAUCGGUGGCAUUCGGUCAGUAUCCGGCGACCGGGGCCCAAAACGCAUACGCUUGCGGUGGACGAAUCGAUCGAGAUUUACACGGCCAGUGGUAAUAAUAUGCAUCUCGAGCUGGAAGGCAUCCUGUACGUUGGUGGUGUGUUUAAGGAUAUGUACACACGGCUGCCGUCGAGUAUUGCGUCUCGGUCUGGGUUUGAAGGGUGCAUUGCGUCGGUAGAUCUUGCCGAUACGUCGCCCAGCCUGACGGAGGAUGCUGUGGUGCCGAGUUCGCUGGUCGUGUCCGGAUGCGAAGGACCUACCAAGUGUAGCCAGAAUGCGUGCGCUAAUCGGGGAGUGUGUGUGCAGCAGUGGAAUGCCUAUGCGUGCGAGUGUGACAUGACUUCAUUCACUGGUCCUACAUGCUACGAUGAAUCGAUUUCCUAUGAGUUCGGCAACAACAAAGGCCUCAUACAGUACAACUUCCCACCGGGUCGGCAACCCGACACAGAGGAGGACAGUAUAGCGCUUGGCUUCGUUACGACCAAAUCGGAUGCCGUGUUGCUACGCAUCGAGAGCUCUACAACGCAGGACUAUAUCGAGAUGGAGAUCGUGGAAGGCAACGUGUUUACCGUGUACAACGUUGGCACACAAGAUCUCCCUCUGGGGGAAGUAGCGGUUAAGGUAAACGACAAUAACUACCACAUUGUGCGCUUCACGCGAACAGGAGCCAAUGCGACGCUGCAGAUCGACGACUACAACGUCCAGACGGUGUCUUCGAUCGGACACCAAUCGACCGUGUUUACAUCGAUGGCCAACAUACAGGUCGGUGGUAAGAUCGCACGCAACGGACGUUCGCGGAUCGAGCGACCCUUCAGCGGAGUGAUCGCCGGCCUGUCCGUCAAUCGGCUGCGCGUGCUCGAUCUGGCCGCGGAGCGCGAUCCGCACAUCAACGUUCGGGGCGAUGUACAAUUGGUAACUGGCGUUUUAGAUAGAAAUGACCAAAGAAUGCAGCAGAACUCUUCCGAUCAUUUCAAGACCCCGGCCAGCGGUUAUCCAGGCGUGAUGGACGAUCUCAUCUUUAGUGGGGCCGGCUCCGGUUGCCGUGGGGAUGAUGAGGACGAAUGUACACCACCGUUCGAGAAUGGGUCGGGCGAUGAUCUGAUCACGCCGGUUUACGUGCCACCGACGAAACAGACGGCCACCACAUCGUCCGGCGGUAAGGAUGGUUCGGGCGGACGGGGUCGAGGUAAGCCAGGGGAGAAGCUGUGUGAUGAUGAGGAUUGUCUGCACGGAUCGGGCAGUGGCGAGGUGACGGAGGUGUUCACGACUUCUACGGCACGAAGUUCCGAAACGAGUCCCGAAAUGACCUACACGACGGUAGAUUUUGAUAGGAAAACGGAUGGUACUCCGACGUAUACGACUCAGCGCCGAACGCCCGACACGUACUCUUCGUCGUCGCAUACGACCAGCGAGAUGGACACGACCAGUGGCAUGAGCAGUGGCACCACGGGUAGCUACGGCAGUAGCAGCAGUAGUGGAAGCUAUGGCAGUCCCGUAGAUAGCUACGGAACGACGGUUUCGAUGGGCACCACAGGAUCCGGCACAACAACGGGCACCACCGCCAGUGGUCGUGUGAUAACGACCUCUACCGGUACGACGGUCGGGCUCAGUACGUACGGCUCAACGACACAGCAACAGCAACACACACCCUCCGAAACAACCGUAAGCUAUCGUGAUCGCGAUCGUGAUCAUAUUCGCGAAACGACCUACCCGCAAACACCGACCACGACCGAGGAAGAGAUUGUGGACGUUCAUGUACCGACGGACGACGAGGACGAUGGAGAGGAACACCGUACGACAGUCCAUCAAACACCAAACGGCCGUAGACCACCGCCCGUAAAGGUAGCGGAACCACCAAACCCCGAGCCGGAGCAACCCUACCAACCACACCCGCAACCAUAUCCACCAACACGCCUGCCCAAGCACAAAGGUGGCCGCAUCAAUUCCGAGGCCGAAGAACGUACCGCCAUGAUCAUCGGAAUCGUGGCCGGUGCGCUGAUCGCGGUUAUUCUCGUUAUUCUGCUCGUGCUGUGGAUCAAAUCGAACGGCGAUCGAUCGUACAAGACCGAACACGACAAGAGUGGACUUUAUGGGCAGGGUCCUAGCGCAGCGCUGCUGGGAGGAUCGCAUGGCAAUUCCGGCACACACAAUGCUCACCAUUACAACCAGCAGUCACAGCAAGGGCAACACCAUCAACCACAGCACCAUCAUCAACCGUCCGCUCCACCGCACUACAAUGGCGGCCAUCAUUCGAAUGGAGGCAGUACGCUUCCCCUGAACGGGUCGCUCCGACAUCACGGGCCAGGCAAUGGUGCGAUGGGAGCGGGAGGUUCGGGAGGUGGCGGUAUGGGUAUGGGUAGUGGUGGUAACAUGAGCAUGGGUUACGGAGGGCUUAAUGGUAGUGGCAGCGACAAGGGUAGCAUGCAGUCCAGUGGCGGUGGUGGAGUUGGCCCGGGUGGAGGUGGCGGUGGUGGUGGUGGUGGUAUGGGACAGCCGCAGCGUAACAAGAGCCGCAAUUCGAAGGACAUCAAGGAAUGGUACGUCUAAGGAAUGGAAGCUGUGGAACGGAUAUCUCAAGAGCUCGCUAAUCUGCAGCCUGGUGAUACUGAUGACAAGAUCACACCAUGCUGGGAUGAAUCAUGUAAAAAAAAAUGUGUGAUUCGAUCACCGAUUCACUACGAGCUGAUACUGAUCACCCCAAGCUGAGGGCACGAUAGCCCGUGUCUGUUGACGAUCAUGUAAAAAGAAAUCGAUCGCCAAGUCGUGCUGCACAGAAUCAAGCAGUCAGGAGCCAUCGUCCUGGGAAUGUAAAUAGUUGAGUAGGAAUUAUGAAAGCUGGUCGAUGGAUGGACGGAUAAGCGCAAUAGCGCUAACACCUACAAUUUAGUACACAAAUCGAAAAACAACCCCCCAAAAGAAAAUGCAAUACAAAAACCGAAAGUUACGAAGUAGUAGGGCGACUGUUUCUCACUGCUCUUAGACGACUCCCGGUGCAGGAUCAAAUCAGUACCGGGGGUGCAUUUAAUAGGGGACAGUGAGGAAAAAGACAUAGAGAGAGAGAGAGAGAGAGCAGAGCAGAGCAAUAAGCCAAAACACGCAAAUAUUACACAAGGCACACCUAAGGAGGACGAACGGUAGAAGAAAAAGCAGGAAAAACCAACCCAAGCAUAAUUUGCAUGCAUAAACCUCCUACCUUCGUUUUGUUUUCUAGACUUCUAAUCGGAGGUGUAGAACUGUCCCGCAAUUAUCUACCGCAAGAAAGUAAGGUGAAUCCUUCAGAGCAAAGAACCAAACCCCUCUAAAAAAUUACGAUACACUAACGAGGCGCUUAUUAAGAAGAAAUGAGAGAAAAGAAGAGGAAAAAAUCAACCUGAAAGCUUUAGUAAAACACUAAGAAAACCGAGCACUGGGAUUGACAAAAACUGUUGGCAAUUGUGGUUAUUGUAGUACGAUAUAGCAGUUAAGGCGAUAGCGAAUGGCGAACUAAAAUAUCGCGAUAUUCAGAUGUUACCAAGGCCCAUUGUUCACCUCCCCGACUCGGCUGGUUCUGAUGCUUUGAAUAUCCUGGGACACCAACACACAGACCGACACACGUCACCUAACACUACUAUACUUAGUUCUAGUUCUAUGACUAGCUUUUUGAUAGUGUGGUACUAGAAUCUAUCAGAAAGGUGGAGAAGCACACCAAGCCAGACACAGAAACACACACACACAAAAAUGAAUGUUGGACAAACCUGCCUGCUACUAAAACUAUAUCGCACUAGGGUCACUCGGGUUGGAUUGGGAGUGGGUCCCGCGUGUCAAGCCAGAAACAACAAAAAAUUAAACCGAAAUCCAAUCUUAAUGAUUAAAAACCAGUCAAACUAACUAAACAAAACGCGCGCCUGUGUGUGUGUGUAGGAUACGAUGCAUGAUGGUUCGCUAGGACCAUCAUGUAAGCGAUACUUUAAGAACGAUAAGACAUUAUACACCGUGUUCCGCGGUACAAGCAAAUUGUUUUUUCUGCACAAAUUUACUCUAAUUGUAAGAAGGAAGAAGGUGAAGAAAGAUCUCCCCCCACGCGCGCUCCCCAAAUAAUGCUGGGUUUCCGAUAAACGGAGACAACCCGCACAGUAUAAUAGAGUAUAAUAAAAGGGGUAGUUACAAAAAAGAGAAAAAAAAUAAACCAAAAAAAGAGCAUAAGUUUAGUCAAGUCAAGGUAUAGAAAUACUUACAACAAAAAUGGAAGUAAUGGAAGAAGAAGAGUGAAAGAGAAAGAGAGAGAUAUAUAUAUACACAUACAAAAAUCAUAUAACAACACAACAACAAAAAGAAGAGAUAAGUUAAAGAAAAACAAAACACACACACAAAAGAGUAAAGGAACUUGUUUUGAUAAAUUCCUUCAUGUUAAGGCAAAUGAGAUACAAAACACACGCGCAGAUACACAUUGCGAUAGAAGUGAGCUGACGUGAAUAGUAAGCCGCUUAACAGCAACAGAGCUCUAGCAUCUAGUGUAUAGUACGUAAAAGACGUUACACUGCAUCGAAUGCACAAAUUGCUCUCAGUUCGGUUCGGAUUCUCGAUCCACAGUUUUUCCAAAUCAAAUUGCCACGAAAGACACACCUGUGUCCAGUGAGUGUGUGUGUGUUUUUUCGAACCUUUACUUGUGUUAUUUUGUACACACCUUCACCCUUAAACUCCCGGAAGGGUUCACACACAAGUCGUUUACUCUUAAACCCAGCAAACCGAAACAAAAACACCGGGACGGUCGGGCUUUCAAUCCCCUGUAAAUCCCAGGCGUAAAUUUAAAACGUACCGUCAAACCGAUCAAAUCUUGCACCGAAUUUUCUAUCGUUCUACGAUUCUGUGGGAGAAAUGCAAAAAGGCAAAAAAAAAACAAAUUACACUCGAUAUUCUAUUUCCAAUUGUACGCGCACUGUCUCUUGUACUCUAAAAAAAACGAAUAAAAAACUCCAUUGAUACUAAUUAAAACCAAGCAAAAGAGAAAAAAAGAGGAAAGGAACAUUACACAAUACUAUCUAAGAUCCAGCUCAGUCACAGCUCCUUUUACACACUUACACAACGCAACACGAAACACACUUCACAAAAUAAGUUUCAACACAAUCUGUAAACUUGCAAAAAAAACGAGAGAAGCAAAGCAGACACACAAAAAGACGAGAAAAAAAGGUGAAAAUGAUUCAACACAACUGUACUGUAAUGGACUCGAACGAUUUAAAACGAUCGUCAGAAAGGAUGUUUAUGCUGGCACAAGGAUAAGAUGAGAUGAUAAAACACAAAACUUACAUAAAAGUAUAUAUAUUUGAUAAUAGAAAAAAACACACACAGACACCACAACAACAACAACAUCACAGCAACAUGGAUAAUGCUGCAAACAGAAUACUGGUCUCUUCUUUACGCGAAGCAAUGAUAUGGUGAAAAUCAAUUGGAAGGAAUGGAAAAAAAUGAGGACAAGCGAAAAUCGAUGAGCAUUUCACACAUCUCUAAUAUUGGGUUGGAACCUUUUAACGUUUUUUGCAUUUAAAGAAAAACUUAGACUAGUUUCGGGUGAAUUUUGCUUGAAUUUUUCAUUUUGGGAAGCGUUCUACAUAAUUAUUGCCACUCAAUUCUUAGCGGACUUCAGAAGCGAUUCAAGUCCCUUGGAAGCCCUAUGCAGAAUGAAAAUUACGGACACACCUGAUCUGAUGUCUGGUCCAGAGUCAGAGGCCAAGCGGAAAUGUUGUACGGGACUCCUUAUUGAGUUCAUGAGCAUUACCAUGAUCGAAGCUCCCAGGACCGCACAGUCCGCUAAUACGAAGCCAUUGCAUAUGAACGGGGCUUCUUGGUUACUCGGGUGCUAAGCAUCUGCCUAGUUUGCUUAUACUAUGAUCCACCCCUUGCCUUACAGCAAUUAUCAGGCAUCUUGGUAAUGGCUGUUGACUGUCUCUUUUUUUUUGCAAUUUUUCAAUUCCUACUGUGGUGGAAACAAUGUGGUUUUUAAUGCGGCCCUCAAAAAAAGUUUGAAGCAUUCGACUACUGAGGCUCUUUUCAGCAAACAUUUUGUCAGAUAAACUUUGACAGUUGAUUGCGUCCUUAGUGCAAGAAGCAUAAUCUUCUUAGGCUAUACAACCUCAAGAGGCAUGAUUGCUAGAGAUCAUCUACCAAGGUCCAUUUCUUUCAUUCACAUCAUCAAGUCGCUAGGUCCCCCCAGAAGCUCACCAUUUGGAUGUGUAUCUUGGGUUUGGAUAGGCAACAAGCGCUGACUCCCCUGGUAGAAUUAAGUCCAUCAACGAGAUUCAACACGACUUAUGCGCCGAUGACUCUGGUCGAUGACAUGCGAUUCAAAAUGAGUUUAAUAUCACUGGUUUAGAAGGAUGUUUUGGUCUUCAAAUUCAAUUCUAAUAAGAAGAAACUCUACUAGGAAAAAAGAGACAACAUUGUUAUAAUCUGCUAUGAUUUAGAUUUUUUCGUCUUUUUCCAAAAGCGAGAGAAUUUUGUAAUUCUUAAAACAGCUAUAAGUAGCUGUAAGGAUAUGUCUUGAAGGAUAUAAACUUCAUCGAUCAAGGAAAGAACUCAUAUUGAGAAAGUUCAAAUGAAGUGCUUAAUUUUUUUUCUUGGGACUCUUGAGAAGAUCGCUAGCAGUCAGAACCAUUGCAAUCCAAAAAUCAUUUAAAUUAGUCUAUCUUUUUCAAAUGCUUACGUUACUAUCCCGAUUUGUUUCCUUUUUGCUCGUUACGCUCGAAUUUAGUUACACCCUAACUUCACACGGACACUCGUCGUUUAAUGAUAGAAAAAAAAACAUCGAAUACACACUACACUACAAAAAACAUAACCGUCAAACAAUCUCGAUCGUUGCGAAAGUGCAGCAACCCCUGAGGCUGGUAAAUGAGACAAGAAAAGAGACACGAAUCCGAUAAGUCGAAAAUGUAUGGUCAAACAUAUCAGUUUUUGGAGUGGUAUCUUUUGUAUACACCGUUCUCACGCGAUGAAAGGAACGUACGUGAUAGGGUACGUGAUGGCGCAAGUGAAGAACAGAUGUCGAACCGAAUCGUUGGAAUCGAGCCCUCCCCUUUUUCAACACCCCCAAAGGAGCACGCUGGCCUGAAUCACUCUACCGGUGGGCGGUGUGAUCCUACUCUUAUCAUCCCCUACUCUAUCUUUCACAAGUUUACUAAGGCUAAGAACCAAAAGGCCACCAAAAAACCAAACCCAUGCAGCAUCAGUAGUAUUAUCAUCACCUUCAUCACCUCUUAGAUAGGCGCAGUGUAUUAAAUCCCUUUUGAGCUGGUUUAUGUUCGUGCAUAUGUUCUUCGUGGUGGGAGAAAUGGGCACUUUAUAGGAAAACCUAGGAACACCACAGAUUAUCAGACACCCACAAACAGGAAGUUGCUGAUCAGCACUAAUAUACUUCUAAUCAUCCUAGAAGAAAUGAAAAAAAGGGGCAAACACAGCAUGAGGAGUAGCAAGGGGAAGAAAAAUUUAUUCAAAAAAUCCAAACCCAACUUUACUAAACUGUUUAGAAAAAAAACCUAUAGACACUACACUCAGACACACGCACACAAACGUAUUAAGCAUGUUCUGAAAAAGGAUUUGACUGACAUAGUUUCCAACUAUCGCAAACCAUGGUUCCCCGUGUUUCAGUUAUCGGAAAGGGAAAACGAUAGGAAUAGGAAAUGAUGAUAAGACGAGAGCAAGAAAAGAGGAAAAGAAUAGCAAAAUGUAUCAUGUUUUUUUUCAGUAGUAUUCUUGUAAUAAAUCAUUAUCGCUUCUUAACGUUCGGUUGUGGCCGUAAGUUUGCCAAGCAAGAAGGGAAGCGCACGUCCUUAUGAUACUGGCUACAGCGAAGGUGAUAAUUGGCGUAAGCAAAGUAGGGACACUCUUGCUGCAAGUAGUCGAGUUGACUGGUUUGAUGGUCAAACGCGACACAGUACACGAUAGCGAUAAAUGAUAAACGGAAACAAAAAACCAUCACAACUAGCCAGUGAGUGUAUAACUAAUUGCAUACCUAAGAUUGAAUAUAAAGAAACUUGCCACAAACCAGAACUCACUCACGUACACAAUAUAAAAAAAGUAUGUUAUAUAUUAAUUUGUUACGUUGUAGAAUUUGUAAAGGGUAGUGCAAUUAAAGGGGGGACAAAUAAGCUAACACAAUAUGAUUGCAACAUAAAGACAGGAACUAUAUAGGCGACAAAAACCCGGCAGUAGGCGAGAACACGGAGGAAAGAAGCCAGGGAGCAGCAGGCAGGAACGAACGUGUGUAUGUGUGGUAUGCUUUUCUUUUAUUUCUUUUUCCUAUUUUAAAUAUUUUUUCGUAGUAGUGGGUUUUGCAUGCAGUGACCACGUGGAGCACAACCCGGACAAAGACUAACAAUACUGGUAACGAAUUGUACAAGACACCGUUUGUUCUGCUGCUACUGCUGCUGCUGACGCUGCUUACUGCAACUGCUCGUGUGCAUACAUAAGUUAAUGUUACUACUGCAACUAUUACUACUAUUACUACUACUACUACUACUACCACUACUUGUACUACCACCACAGCUGUUGUAGUCGGUUAUGUUUGAAUGUUGAUUUACGUUUGAUCGGGCCGUUCGCAGAGCAGACUGGAGCGUUCGCGUGCCGUAGUUGUUUAGGAGUGUAAGCGAUUGUUUUCUGUGUUUUCCGUUCCGGGGGUUCUGUUACUGAAUGAAUACUCUCUGGACAUAUAUAGCCAGAAAAGAAUACAGCAAAAUGGGGAAAAAACCAACAACAACUACUAUACAUCUUUUAGUGCGUAAAGCGGGGACGCAAACGAUGGGAAAGGGAACGACUAUGGAGGUUCGUACAGUUAGAACAGUGGGGGGAAAAUUUGGGUAAUAGGUAUGUGAAAGGAUGUGAUUCAAAGCGUUCAGGCACACACACACACACAAACACACUCAUUUUACAACCUAUCUUUAAACACAAUCAAUACUCACAUAAUGUAGGUGAAUGCUGAAUGUGACACGUGCAAAGGAUAACCAUAAGCAAAAAAAAAGGGCAUGUACAUUCCUCAGAGUGCGAAAGAAAAGAAAAGAUUAAACGAUCGAUUAAAUUAACAAACACACAGACGUACACGUACACAAAUACACACACAAAAAGAGCCGAGAAUGGUUUUUGUUGCUAACAAUAAAAGAAUUAAUUCGGAAACAUGA